AUGUCGUCAGUUCUGGGGCCCUUGUCUGGAGCCCACGAAGACAGACAGUACAUCCCUGCCAUGAAUUUGAUGUGGGAUGAAGUGGACAAGUGCUUCGACCCAAGCUACAUCCUUGGAGAAGCUGGGCACCGCUUCUGCCAAACAUACGCUGUUAGGGCAGCCCACGCAGAAUUUCCUUACGCCCUCCACUGCUUGUCGCUGAUGUGUGCUCUUGUGAACGGUGCCAAAGUGGCUGUCUUUGCUACCUCGCCAUCGCCUUUGACGUUGGUUGCAAUUAAUGUCAACUACGCCCAGACGAGAAAAUCAUCCUUGACAGGACACGCAGAGGCUUGUGGGCAGGAGUUGGACGCAGUCAUCUUGACGAACGCGGAGUCCAAGCUGGCGACAUAUUGCGUGGAAGAAGGCGGCGCUCCUGCGCCAGUGCAGCACAGGUGUGAGCGGGCUGUUGAAACAGGGGGCUGGGAAGAGUGGUUCCAUCGAUGCUCGGGCGAUUGGAACCAGGUCCGAAAUGCUGACAAGUUGCCCGGAGACUGGUCUGGCCGAUGCUGGUUUGGCUUGCUGGGGAAUUUUGAUGAGGCCUACGACUUCCUGCUCAGCUUGGGUCUCUUGUCCGAUGGGCCUGCAUCCAAGGAGAAAGCCAAGGCAAGGGUGAACCCGUACCAGAGUGCCUUCAACAAGCUCUUGCAGUUUGGAACCAGCGCUCGCGCCACGAAAACGAAUGGGAGCUAUGGAGAGAAGCUUGCUAGAACCGUUAGCGUGGGGAUCACUUGCAAUAUGCACCCUGCGCAAUACAUCCCUAUGGAAAGAGGAGUUUCCCGGCGCCGAUGGGUUCCUCUCACAGCCGAAAUUGCGGAACUGCUGGGCGUAGCCAACGAGGCUGCUUCGCCAGAUGCUGCUGCUCAGGAGUGGAAAGACGUUGGCCUUGAAGAUGAAAAAGCAGUGCAGCUCACCCAGAAUGCAGCGGGCGACUAU